AACCCCAAGCCUCGGCACUCAUUCACCGCGGGCCGUUGCUUAUUACCUCUCCUAACUCUAGCGUUUCUGAGGCAUUACAUAUCCUGGUCGGUCACAGUGGAGUUAAACUGGUAGCGGGGAGCCUUAGAACGGCCACUCGAUGGCAGUGUCUGCAGUCUGACUUGUAAGGUGCAGUUUCUAGCUGGGGAAGUCUGCUGAGGCGAACUGUCUAGCCGCGGCAAUGAGAAUCACUACUUGCUGCUUAUCAAAACUCGAGUGGCGAGAGUAACUGGGUGGGAAGAGGGAUUCAGCUGGGUGCAGAGUGCAUGUGCUCAUAUGAACCUGAGGAGAUCAGCAGUGGCUUCAACCAGAGUGCUGUUGCAACUCUGCGAGUCUCAGGGCUGGUCGUCAGAUCUACAUUGAUACCGAAUCCUGAGUUGCAGAAUUAUCACAAAUGAUGACCAGUUGCAGUUAGGCCUGUGCAGACAGAGGGUCUGAGAUUUGGGAGGCAGUUGUGGGUUUUGGUAGUUCCUUUUUUUGAGCCAGCGCGCUGCAAACCUCAGUCCGGUCGAGCGAAAUGGCGGAAAGCGCACGCGGGGGUACGUUUUCGGUCCUAGUGGACCAGCUGCUGCAGCUAUGGUUGGACGUGAGGAGCCCCAUCGUGGCUCCACUGCUGCAAUUCGCCAUCAACGUGUGCCUGGUGAUGGUGACAAUGCUGUUCGUCGAGCGGAUAUUCAUGUGCGGGGUGAUGGUUUUCGUGAAGUUGCUUCGGCGCACCCCCGAAACACAAUUUAAGUUUGAGCCCCUCCGCGAUGAUUUAGAAUUCGGAAACUCGUCGUUCCCCAUGGUUCUGGUGCAGAUCCCCAUGUUCAACGAGCGAGAGGUGUACCAACUCUCGAUACAGGCAGCGUGUGGGCUGUCCUGGCCAGGGGAUCGGAUGAUCAUCCAAGUGCUUGAUGAUUCAACGGAUCAGACUACAAGGGAUUUGGUGCAAAUGGAGUGCCAACGCUGGGCAAGCAAGGGCAUCAAUAUCAGGUACGAGACACGGCCCAACCGAAAGGGAUACAAGGCCGGCGCGUUGCGCCAGGGUAUGAAGUGGCCAUAUGUGCAAACAUGCGACUAUGUAGCUAUCUUCGACGCUGACUUCCAGCCUGAGCCGGAGUUUCUUCAACGCACGGUGCCUUUCCUCGUACACAACUCGAAUCUCGCACUCGUUCAAGCCCGCUGGAAGUUUGUGAACGCAAAUGAGUGCCUGAUGACGAAGAUGCAAGAGGUAUCCUUGAACUACCACUUCUCGGUGGAGCAAAGAGUUGGGUCUGCCACAUACGGGUUCUUCGGGUUCAACGGCACUGCAGGAGUGUGGAGAAUCCGCGCCAUGGAGGAGGCGGGAGGAUGGAACGAUCGCACCACGGUGGAGGACAUGGACCUGGCAGUGCGCGCCAGUCUGUGCGGAUGGAAGUUUGUGUACAUUCACGAUCUGGAGGUGAAGAAUGAGCUGCCCAGCACUUUCAAGGCGUUCCGAUUCCAGCAGCACAGAUGGUCGUGCGGGCCGGCCAACCUGUUUCGCAAGGUGCUGCCAUCCAUUUUGAAGAACCAGAAUCUGAAGCUGUGGAAGAGGUUGCACAUGAUCUAUGCCUUCUUCUUCGUGCGCAAGGUUGUGGCUCAUAUUGUGACAUUCACCUUCUACUGCGUGGUGAUUCCUGCUUCCGUGUUGGUCCCCGAGGUCGACCUACCAUUCUGGGGAGCUGUGUAUGUGCCGUCGAUCAUCACACUGCUGAACGCCAUCACCACCCCCAAGUCUCUACACUUGUUGGUGUUCUGGAUCCUGUUCGAGAACGUGAUGUCGCUGCACCGGACAAAGGCGACGAUUAUCGGAUUGUUUGACAUUGGUAAUGUGAACGAGUGGGUGGUGACUGAGAAGCUCGGAAACUUGAUGAAGUACAGGUCUUCCAAGUACGGGAAGAAGUACACGCUGCAGCGCAUGGCAAGCAACAUGCUAGCAAGAGGGUGGAAAAUGUCCGAAAGGAUGCACCUCUUGGAAGUGUGGACCGGAGGGUUCCUGAUGUUCUGCGCUGUAUACGAUUUCUACUUCCAGGGCAAGAACCACUUCUACGUGUAUCUGUUUUUGCAAUCGUGCGCAUUCCUGGUAAUGGGCUUCGGCUACGUAGGCACAUUCGUCCCCCACUAUUCGUAGACGAUUCCGAAAUGGGAAUGUCGAGAAGCUAAUCCAAUUUUCCUAGCCACGCUCGGGUGUCAGGUGUACUGCCUCGCACAGAUUACUAGUUAAGUAGAUAAAAUUUAUCAGUGGUUCAGCCACAAAGACCUUGUAACAUAAAGCCUGUAAUAAAGGCACUUCAUGAAGUUUACAUGGAAAAGUACUGUCUCUACUCGCAA